AUGGUUAACCCCAGGCUUCACAUCUAGUUAGUGAAAGAACGUUCCUAGAAAGAUUAGGGCAAGAGAGAGAAAUAGGCAGAGACCCGAUACAAAUAAAGAAAUAGAGGAAGGGUUUUUCAUUCCCUGUCAUCGGCUUUGGGUAAUUUCUGAGUCAACUCGAGCGAUUCCAUUCUUUCUUUCCCUCCUCCUUAGGACCUUCAAAAUCGCCUGAAUCUGGACGCUUUUUCUUAGAGCAUACCGUUCUGGUGAUUCUUUUUCCCAAUUUUAUUCCUCUUUUCAGUUUAUUCGUACGGCUCUGUUUCCCUCGCGAUUCUGUGCGAGGGUUUCCCAGAUCUUGCAAUCUCGCGACUGCUUUUUUGGUGAUGGAUACUGCUUUUUGAACUUCUGGUAGAGUUUGAGGCUAUCAAUUUAAUGAUUGGUUGCGAAUUCUACUAUUUUUGGCUACAAGUUCAGUUGCAACCGGCUUUGGUGCUUGGCGCUUUCUUGGGAGGGAAGAAGCACUCUUCCUUCUUUGACGCCUCUGUCCCAGGCUCGUAGACCACAGGAUUCUCAUUCCAUUCCAUGUCUCGUAAGUUAGAUAGCCCAGUUCAAACCCAGAUGGCAGUGGCAAUCUUCAAGAGCCCACUCGGUGGGGAAUAUCACGGGAACAGGAGAAUGGAGGGGAAACAACCUGCUGGGAGGAGACGGGUUUUUGUGCAGACUGAGACUGGUUGUGUCUUGGGGAUGGAAUUGGAUCGUGGUGAUAAUGCACAUACAGUGAAAAGAAGGUUGCAAAUUGCUCUUGAAGUCCCCACUGAGGAGAGUUGCUUGACUUUUGGGGAUAUGGUACUGAAUAAUGACCUUAGUGCUGUUCGUAACGAUUCUCCUCUUCUUUUAACACGAAAUUGUCUGCAUAGAAGCUCAUCUACUCCUUGUCUUUCACCUACCAGCAAGGAAGUCCAACAGAGGGAUCAGAGUGGUCUUGUUGAGAUAUUGGGGCAGUCAAAUAGCUUUUCCAAAAUGAAAAAGUUGGUCAAGGAUACUGUCAAGGCGAUUAAGAUGGGUGUUGAUCCAAUUCCAGUUCAUAGUGGGCUUGGAGGUGCAUAUUAUUUUAGGAACAGCAGAGGUGAGAGUGUUGCAAUUGUGAAGCCAACAGAUGAAGAACCUUUUGCACCUAACAACCCAAAAGGCUUUGUUGGUAAAGCACUUGGGCAACCAGGUCUGAAACGGUCAGUGCGGGUUGGGGAAACAGGGUUCAGGGAAGUGGCUGCUUACCUUCUUGACUAUGAUCACUUUGCAAAUGUGCCUCCUACAGCCUUGGUGAAAAUCACACACUCAAUCUUUAAUAUCAGUGAUGGGGUGAAUUGCAACAAACCUCACAAGAAGAAGCCGGUGAGCAAGAUUGCAUCUUUCCAACAAUUUAUACCACAUGAUUUUGAUGCAAGUGAUCAUGGGACAUCCAGCUUCCCAGUCUCUGCAGUGCAUCGUAUUGGGAUCUUAGAUAUUAGGAUUUUUAACACAGAUAGGCAUGCUGGCAACCUUUUAGUAAGGAAGCUAGACGGUGUUGGGAGGUUCAGGCAAGUGGAGCUAAUUCCAAUUGAUCAUGGUCUUUGCUUGCCAGAAACAUUGGAGGACCCAUAUUUUGAGUGGAUUCAUUGGCCUCAAGCUUCAAUCCCAUUCUUAGAUGAUGAGCUUGAGUAUAUACAAAAACUUAAUCCUGGAAGAGAUUGUGAUAUGCUGCGAAGGGAGCUUCCUAUGAUUCGAGAAGCUUGUCUGCGGGUCUUGGUUCUCUGCACAAUUUUCCUCAAGGAAGCUGCUGCUGCUGGUCUCUGUCUUGCUGAAAUUGGUGAGAUGAUGAGCAGGGAAUUUCGUGCUGGAGAGGAGGAACCCAGUGAGCUUGAGGUUGUGUGUAUGGAGGCAAGGAGGUUGAUUACAGAGGGGGAGGUGCGGUCUCCGCUGUCUGACUUGGAAGACGAGGAAUUCCAGUUUGAUAUAGACUGUGAAGAAAUUAAAUAUGAUUUCAUUCCUAAGACCAUAACAGAAGACUAUAUGGCUAGAACACCCUCCCAAUUUGGAACCGUGACUGCGAAUGGUUGUUUCCCUCUUUCAAAACUAGAGGAAAGCAUAGAGGAGGAGGAGGAGGAGGAAGAGGAAAAGGCAAGCAUUGGAAAUGAUGUGGGAAAAGUGGGGUUAGCUGUUCUGCCCAUUCCUGAAAGGUUAACAACCAUGUCAAAGCUUUCUACGUCACUUAAGAAUAGCACAUUAUGUGACAAGAAACAGAAAUCCCAGAAAUUAGCAAAAGCAGAAAAUGGCUACUUUGCUAAUACAUCUUCCGGACAUAGGAGUGCUAAUGAGCAGCUUCCUCCAAGCAUGACUUUCGUGAAGCUGGCUGACAUGAGUGAGCAGGAAUGGACUCUAUUUUUGGACAAAUUUCAGGAACUGCUGUACCCGGCAUUUAGCAAACGGAAAUCUGUGACCCUUGGUCAGAGGCAGAUACAAAGGCUGGGUACCUCUUGCCAGUUUUGAGAUUAAGAUACCAGCAAAAGGAUGAAUGAGGAUUCUAGGUUUGUGAGUGAUGGAUAAUUAGGAUGGAUUCAGUUUAGUGGGUUUUCUCCCUGGAAGGUACUGUAGUUGGGAUCAACAGUAGGAGGGAACGGCUGUAAAUAUUGAUGGCAUUAGCUGAGGACUAAGGAGCCGAGUUUGGUUGUACUUUUUUAUGUCUGCUUUUUUUGCAUUUAAUUUUUUUUCCUCCACUCCUUAUGGAGCUGUUUGAUAAAUAAUUUGUAGACCGAAAUCCUUAAAAAAAAAAAGGGAAAAAGAAUUUGUUGUA